AUGUCGUCACGCAAAGUCCGAGUCAAGAAGUUGAGUGUCAAAACUCCUCUUCCUGUGCUUCGAGAGGAUCAGAUCGAUCCUUCUGAAUAUGAAGCACUCAGUUCUGACAACCAAAUUUCAACCGGUGUCGAGCACGCCGAGGAAAAGGAGUACCACUUGCAAAGUAUUCUCAAAGAUGCAGGAACUAGUAAUACGCAAGAAAUUCCUGUUCCGCCCCCCCAGGAGAGUGACAUCAACUAUGAUGCGCUCUACCCCAGUAACUUUCACCAGCCGUCGUCGUAUAUCCGGUUUUCACAAACCGUGGAGGAGUGUAUCGGUUGUCAGUAUGACAUGAGCGCCGAGGAUACCGAGUUCCUCAAGUCAUAUAAUGCCAAGUCUCCAGCAGGAGGCCCCUUGUCGGAAGAUGACUAUGAGCGAGUCAUGGAAGUCUUUGAGGACACUGCGGCUGAGCAGACUCCGUUUGCGUCGGUCGACAACACCAUUGUCGCCUAUGACAUGAUGGUCCCCUCACUCAAUCACCUUGGCAGCACCUCCAUUCUCCAGCAUGCCAAGGCGAUCUAUGAGUAUUGGAGGAACGCUCGGCAGGAGAAGGGCAACAAGUCGUUGCACCCCACUCUCAAAUUUGAGAUUCAUCAAGAGACAGACGACACUGACCCCUACGUCUGUUUCCGAAGAAGAGAAGCCAGACAGACCCGGAAGACAAGGGCUCGGGACAACAAGGUCGCCGAGACACUCAAGCGUCUUCGACGAGAGCUUGAGGAUGGCCGGCAGCUUGUGCUAUUAUCAUUUGAACGAGAAAUGAUGAAGCGCGAGUUGCUGCACAUGGACCAGACCGUGUUUGAGGAGCGAGCCAAACUGAAGCAGAUGAAGCUGAGGCUAGGUAUCAAAGGCGAGGAUGACGAUCUUGUAAACCAAAAGCCCCAAAAACGCAAAGCCGCAGACCCUUCGAGUGUGCAGAGGCAACAGGCUACCCAGCUCCGGGCACCUGCCCGAUCGGAUGGCCGUUCUCUCGAACAGGACCUGGUGUUGCUGGCUGAUUUGUUGGCACAGAAGGAGAACGAGCUCCGAGAAGAGAUAGAGAACAAGGUCCAAAACCACCGUAGGUGGAACCAGAACCAUAUCGAUCUCACUAGAGACCCGUUGUCGCCAGUAAAGGAGCAAGGCACGGAACUCAAGUUCCGACCGGCCAAGACUCAAUAUUUGAUGACGCCACCAGCGUCCAUUUCUUCAGAGGAAAUGGAUGUGGAUGAGGUGCAAGCCGAGCCCAUGCAGGCCGAGCCCAUGGACAUGGACAAGUUGCACCGGCUCCCCGUCUUCCAGUUCAAGGCGGGCACCAUUUCACAAGACCAAUCACAGACAAACCAGCCGUCGUUCCGGCGCCGAAUCGGUCGUCUGCAACGGCUGUGGAUUGAUCGAAGGGGAUUGGCAACAUCGGCAAGGCUGGAGAGUAGCGACUAUUCCGAUCGGUGGAAAUACGACUCUGACGACGAGGAUAUCGACCCCCCGGUGUACGAAGUCGAUCCGUUUGAUACCCGAGCCCUCAAGUUCCGAGCAACGAUCCCACUGAGUCCGUACAUGUUCCGUGGAGGACGGCCUCCAAUUGCCCCAGAGACGGCACAAGGCACGGCAGCUGCGGCAGCGGCCCAAGCCGCAAGUAACAGAGCAUUACCACAACCUCCUCCAGCAGCAGCACAAGCACAGGCAACGUCAUAG